GUUUUAACAGGCAGCGGUUACAUUAUCCUAACAAAGCUUAUGUAAUUUGGCGAGUCUACCGCAAUGUCUACCUGUCUUUUCGGCAAGCAUAAUGAACCAUGAAUGCUUUCACAGAACUGACUGCGAUGCCGGGACAAACUUACAAUGUUGUGGAAGUGUACAACAUCUAAAACAUUACGAAGCGGAGUUUGUUCCACCACCUCCUCCUCCUCAUCCUGUAAACGUUUUCGGUUCAAAGACAUGCGAACGUCACCACUCUCGGAACAAGGAUAAUCGACAAACAGUUAACCAGAGAAACACAUCUUUUAUCGACCAAGACGAUGGAUUAUCUUUAGGGAAGCAGACAUUAUGUAACCAGUGGAGCUUUCAGGGGCCAAACAUCUGUAGCCUGCAGCCAGCAAACAUAGUACAUUUAGAUGGUGAUGCAGCCUGUUCAAACUCUAAGGUACAUAAUUUUUCUAAAGACAACAUACCGACCGGAGCUAAAUUGACUCCUACAUUCCUUGUUCCCAAUGCACAAGCCUCUUCGGUCAGAACAAACGCGACCAAUGUGAGCCCUCAUGGUUUAUUUAAUUCAGUUUCUUCGUCGGGUGAUUAUCUUGCAUCUCAGGCAAAUGUUCCUCCAUCCAAAACCGAAAGGAAUGUGGAAACGUCAUUCACUGCAUCCAACUCGAACUCUUUCGGACUAGUCAUAACCACUAACCUCGACUCAGACAACCAGAAUCGACAGGUGUCACAAUUUGAAACACCAUUUUUGAACAUUAAAGCUCUAGGAGGUUCUAUUCCCCGAGUUCAUGCAAAACCAGUGGUUUAUGUGGAUAAUGUGCCACAGCGGAGAUCCAGUUCCUUGGUGACUAGUGCGCCCGAUAGAACCGACCUGCAGCGUCGCUAUGUGACUGAAUUAAAGCUGGAUCUUCGUAGGGGUCGAGCUCAUCGAAUGACCUCUAACUGGCGCUCAAACUCAAGUGGACGUGCUAGUCCAGCAGAUGGCAGGGAAGAGAUCUUCGAGACCGACCCGGUUCCAGUAAAAGCCAUAUUGUGCCGAGCGGCACCAAGCAAUUGCAUCGAAGAUGAUAUACUCACACUAGGAACUCACUUUGAAGGUUAUGUUCUCAAGCCACCUCCUCCUUAUUGUGAGAAAAACCACUCUGUUUUCAAAACGUCACCUGAGUGCGACAUAAUCAGAGAGUCAAGAACGUGUUCUACUGCUACAACGGAAGACAAACUAAGCACACGUCGAUCUAAUUUAGAUUACCCCGGAGCAGCCGCCGUGAAUGUAAAGUGUGCCACACCACAAAACAAUCUGGCGUGUCUCGGAAGCUUGGGAGUAACUUACUCCGCAGAACAGCUCAAGGCAAAAAGAACACCUCAAUUUAACUUGAUGGAACAGAGCCAGAUUAGUCCAUCAACUAUCUCUAGCACUUCUACUGGUGGACUCAAAGGACGUAAUUUAUCCACGGACUCGACGCUGCCGCCUCCAACCUCCAACACACCUAGGUGGACAAACACUCAACCAGAAACGGUGGAAAUUAACGAAUCGCUCAACGAUGCAUGUUUUCCAAAAUUUCAGACAACCUUCAGCCGUGUUCAAAGGGAAAUCUGCCUUGACGACACCAGCAGGACAAGUGCAUACACACACCUACAUUCCCCCACAACUGAGAAGCCACCUUCGGUGAAAACGUCUGGGGACUGUGUUAGCUCCAAGACUGUUGUGUCUCCCGUUGCGGGAAAAACGUCACGUGGCACACAAUCGGAACAGUUUAAAACGGUCAAAGUUGUCCGAGAUGUACAAAUUCAAACUGGACCGUUCGAAGACCAAGAGACACAAACAACUGGAUCACAGGCUUCAAACAAGGCAUGUGCUGCUCACCUCCCAGUAGACAGAGUUGCCAAAACACCCAAAAGCCAUGCGCAUCCAAAUGAGACAUGGUUGAAACAUUCACCUAGUUACACUGAGAGCAGACAGGCAAGCAAGCCGCUACGCCGUCCGUUGAUAGAUGAAAUCGGCUCGGUGCGACCGGGUGGCAUGUCGUCUGUAGACCCCAAUAAAUCCAACACAUUGUCUCGGGUUGAACAUCCAGACUCCGUAAAUGUUCAAGGAAACUCUCCAAAAGCCACAGUUGCCAUUGGUGCAGGAGAUCACGCAAAUACGAAUGACCGGAGACCUAGUCACAUGACUGAAACACAGAUGAUCAACUCUUCUCGUCUAGGUGAUGAAAGCAGAACUUUGUAUCAGGUGGUACGUGGGCAACCAGUUGCUGAACCAAAUCAGUGGGAUAAUUCAGAGGUGGCUAGAACAACGAAUCCGCAGUUGUGUCAGAACCUACUCACUUUGACUGCCAAAGGCUUACCGACUUUGAAAUGCCCACCAGCUCAUGAAGAAAAGUUUGGCGUAAACACAUCUGGAUUGGUUCCCAGCUCACCUGACCUGAUCCUAAACAAUGUAACUGUUAAAUCAGGAGAACAGCAACACACAACAAAGCCGAUUCAAGAUUCCGAAAGUGUGGGGACACGCGAGCAGGUCACAUUUUCCAUCUUCCAGAAUGAGGGUGUUGUUCUGGUAGACGGCUUAAAUACGCCUAAUUUGUGUCAAAGUUCUAUGCCUCAGUCACCAAAUGUUGCAGUGUCAUUCAAAAAUGACCCACAGACUGUGGUGACUUUGACUGCGGGUACCGGUCCCCAGCCCCGAAAGGGUCCAUGUGCGACAACAAGCGACGAAUGCCAAACCAGUUCCAAUCCUUGUAGCUGCUGUUGCCAACAGGCCGAGUGUGGAUUGUCCGCAAGCAGCAGUUCGAGUGGGAGUCAAAGUUGCCAGUGCAGCUGUUGCUUAAUUCCGAAACUCGAUGCUGGCAAUUGUGAGUUUAAUGUGACAAGACUCCCAUCAAUACCUGAGACAAAGAUAGGGGCCCUCAUGAAUACCAGAUGUGUUGGAAAGACGGUUUAUGAUGAUGGUACUCGCGGUCAUACCUGUGACAUUGUCUACGAUCCUUCCAGAGAGGCGAGUGGACAAAACGCAUAUAGACAAAAGAUGACCUCCACAUCUUCCACUGGUUCAUCCGCUUCAUGCGACGAAUGUAGCAGCCAUUGUUCUUGUUAUUCCGAAUCCUGCGCUAGCGAAAACGUACCCGAACACUAUUCACCAACAAGGAGGCCAAACAGUCCUUUUGUGAACAGUCGCAGUUACUCACGCCAGGAUCUACAUCCACUCGUAAAGAAUGACGCCUCUAGAACAGCAACACUAAAUCGCUUCAUCCUAGGAGCAAAUGAGACCCGCCAACAGCUUCGCAGUUACUCACGCCAGGAUCUACAUCCACCCGUAAAGAAUGACGCCUCUGGAACAGCAACACUAAAUCGCUUCAUCCUAAGAGCAAAUGAGACCCGCCAACAGCUUUCAAAACAAAGAAAUGCUGCACAAUCAGAUGAGAGACCUACUUAUAAAGAUCAUCGAAAGCCAAACUUAGUUUCUAACAAAACCGUUGCUAAACCAAGCUCCUCAAACCCAUCCAAGCCGCCUGAGAGAAUUCCCAGUCAAGUUCCGGCAACGGCACUUCAGCAGAAAUCAGUAGAACAGGUCGAGCAGUCCGCAGGUCAGCAGGUACCUCAGAAUACCGUGAAACCUGGUUCGAAGUUAGACACGCUUUUCAAUAUGGUAAGUGAUAAGGAAAAAAGACUCAUCUUACAAAGAUGGCUUUUAGAGCAGGUGGCCUACUCAACAAAAAGAAAUCAGCAGACACAAAAUAAAAACGAUAAAGCUCAGAGGAAACAGGAACGCUCUUCUCGAACAGGAAAUGUGGAGGCUGGUAAUGGGUCGGCAACUGAGUGUACCUGUACAAAAUGUAGGAAUGCAGCGGAAAGGCGUAGUUUGAGUGCGGAUAGUAAAGAUACAUUGAACUGUUGUUUGGACGCGAAUCAGAAUACUCGAUGUCAGUCAAACAUACAACACGAGGGCCAACUGGCACCAAGCAACAGGUUUGGAAGGGAAAAUAUGAAAGCAGAGGUUGGACGUAAUGAACACUGCUCACCGAGUCAAGCACGAUUAUCACGUGUUCAGACAGUCUUCAGACGGUCUUCUACUGAGACACCCCAUCGAGCAGAGAACGACUCAAAUAUUUUUGGUCGACGAGAUAGGCGAGCUACCAGUGAAGAUCCCAGAAUGAGUGCAAUAGGAAAUCCUAUCAGAGCACCCACAGAACAUAUCAUCGCACGCACGCGAGCCAGCCAAUCGGCUGAUAGAAUGGCUUUCGACGACCAGUCACUACCAGCGAUCAUUGAUCCUCAAGUUGCGAAACGCACACCCAGAGGAGAUCCCGGUGAUAGAGUUCGGAAUUUGCAUGAGAUCAGAUACUCCCCUGCAGGGGACGAAGACAGAGGUCUGAAUUAUGGCCACAAAAGUGCAGAAAAAGGAAACACCGGUGGACCUACAACGAAUCAUGGGGUCUUGAAUGAUCAACCCACAGACCUACGCAGGCUACCAGUGGGACUGAUCCCACCGACCACCAGAAAAGGCGGUCCUGAUGCGAACACUAGACCGGCAUGGAAUAACUAUGCGAUGAAACCUAGUCUUGAAGCAGUGCAAACAUCUUUAAAGAAAGAUGAAAGGUUGAAUAGUGGACCAAAGUUUGGCCAAAGCCGCUUGAGAGCCAGUAUGUUUGCUCCGUCGAAUACGCCCACAGCGAAUGUGGAACGCAUUUUCGAACUCAGCCAAUAUGACGACCUGGUGAAAAGUCAUCUUAAUCGAGCUGACCGUAGAAUAAAAGCGGUGGGUCUCAAAAACGGAUGUGAUAUAAGAAUAGUUGGACCGAUUUCGACCAACGAACAGCCCAUAGCAGGUACAGGACCAGGACGCUCGAAAGUGAGCUAUCACUGUCAUAUUGCCGCGCCCACGGAGGAGAAAGUAUGGAAGUGUGUGAACUUUUUGAAAGAAACCUUUCCAAACUCAUUUCUCCGAUCAAGUUGGAGAGCAUGAAUGUGGUGAAAUAAACAUGUACCAUCUCGUUCAGUACUAUGUUCAAAAGCAGGGAUAGUGACGCAUUGAAUACCGUUUCUGCAUAUGGGAUGAGACAGGAUUUUGCUGCCAACUUCCUGAGAUGUUGACAGAAGCACUCUCAAGCACACAAACUUUGCAAGUGGAA